CCAAAAUGCGGAGAGCGGUGCUGAAAGAGGCCGCCAAGCGCUUCCCCUGGCUGGCCAACGUCACCCUGUACGGCUGCCUGUUCGCCGGCGGGGACCUGGUGCACCAGCUGAUGGCGCAGAGGGAGCGCCUGGACUGGAAGCACACGCGCAACGUGGCCAUCGUGGCCAUCAGCUUCCAGGGGAACUUUAACUACUUCUGGCUGCGCGCCCUGGAGAGACGCUUCCCGGGAAAAUCCGCCGGAAUGGUGUUCAGGAAGCUGCUGCUGGACCAGAGCUUCGCGUCGCCUCUGGCCACCAGCGUCUUCUACACGGGCGUCAGCUUCCUGGAGGGAAAAGAGGACAUCUUCGAGGACUGGAGGGAGAAGUUUUUCAACACUUGGAAGACCGGACUCAUGUACUGGCCCUUCAUGCAGUUCCUGAACUUCGUCCUGAUGCCGCUGCACAUGCGGACGGCCUUCAUGGGCUGCUGCGCCUUCCUCUGGGCCACCUUCCUCUGCUUCUCCCGGCAGAACGGCGACGGCACCGCCGGCGUGGCGCUGGCCUUCGUCAUGGACCCCCGGAAAACGCUGGAGGACAUGAGGGAAGCCCGGCUGGCCCGCAAGAGACAGAGGGCCCAGAGGGACAACUGAC